AUGGCAGACGAUCCGUUUGAGGACGUCCUGAACCUUGAGGAAAGCUUCUAUGAGGAAGGCUACAAAAAGGGGGUGGAGGACGGUGCCGAGGCCGGCAAGAUCGAGGGUCGAGCCCUCGGCCUGGAGAAAGGCUAUGAGAAAUUCCUCGAGGCCGGGCGGCUCCAAGGCAAAGCCAUCGUCUGGGCAAACCGCCUUUCAAGAGGCAGCACAACAACACCCGACUCAUCAAGAGAACUCCAACCUUCUGAGACCACUCGGGGACGCCUACCCUCUUUACCAAACAACCCUAGACUGGAGAAGAAUGUCAGCACGCUGUACGCUCUGGUUGAACCGGGGACUUUGUCCACUGAGAACACCGACGAGUCCGUCAACGACUUUGACGACCGGGUCAAGCGGGCUCAGGGAAAGGCCAAGAUCAUUGAGAAGAUGGUUGGCGAGGGGAACAGCAAAGCAGCCGCUUCCCGGACGGCAAGCUCGCCUCCAGCCAGCAGCAGUGCACAGGAAGAGCAGCUGGCGAGGGCGCAAGCCCAGACUCAUUUUUGA